AUGCAUUCCAUCACCGCGAAGCACCUUGAACACUUGACACAAUUCUCCACUCUGCUUUCAUCCUACCCAGCAUCAUCAUUCUCAUUCUCAUCCGCUCUCCUUCCAGACCAAAGUAUGCAAGUGCACCUCGGCAGAUGGCAGAUGGCAGAGGUGGAUCUGUUGUGUACUGAAAUAAAAGGAUUAAAAUCAGCUGUUUUGAUUCAAAAUACAAAAAAUAACCUAGACAUUUCGUCGAUUUCCAUUAGAACAAGCAAGCUUGGCGGGCAUGGUUUCUUUAGGAUGAAAUGCAACUCUAUAACAAACAACACCAGUCGCAAUCAAAUUUUAGCGGAAAAAUUUAAAAAAAUUGCAGAUGUGAUUUCUGUACUUCAAUCAUCAGACUGUGGUGGUUGGAGAAAGGUCUGCAGAGUCGGAAUUUUUGAGGAGUCUGUCAGAGCUGGAUAUUUUUCAUCCGACUCAGUCGUCAGACAGUGUUAA